AGGGGCGGGGUACUUCAAUAAACUUCGAUGUGUCACCACGCUAGUUGGGAACGUUGGUACCAUCAUGACCCUCAGUUUCUCCAGUUUCGAGGUAGAGAAUGAGAUCCUGUGUCGGUAUGACGUGGUCGAGGUCUACGACGGCAAGAUGGCGGAUCAGAAACGGAUUGGUCGACUCUGCGGUGACGUCACUCCUCCCAAAAUAGCCGCCACCUCCAACAUCAUGUCCGUCUACUUCAGCUCAGACAACAACAGAGAAAAGAAGGGUUAUAACGGGACAUUUCAAGCUUUUGACUGCAACACAACGCUGACCGCCACCUCCGGCGUCAUCACCAGCCCGGGCUACCCACAAGGCUACUUCAACAACCUCUACUGCUGGCUGACCAUCGUGGGGGAGCCGGGAACCUUCAUCAGUCUCUAGUAUCUCACU